AUGUUCUUGUCAAAAAGAUGCAAUGGAAGUCCCAAAAAUAUUGAGUUCGAAAAUUACUCUCAAAACAACAGAUCCAGUCCAAUGAAAAAAAUUUUUUGUAAUCAAACCACAGCUUUAUUCAUGAAUACGGUAUCUCAGCUGUUAAUUAUUGAUAUUAUUUUUAUUAUAUUUAAUAUUUAUAUCAACAAAUAUAUAUUAUCUUAUAUUAAUCACAUUUUUAUUUUGGUAAUUAAUUUUGCAAUAACUUAUACUUCUCUAGUAAUUUCACGAAGAUUAGACAUUUAUUCCUCUGAACUUGUUUCAAAUUUUGAGAAAAAAAUAAAUUUAAAUAUAACAGAUGAAAUUUCAAAUUGCGAAUUAUUAAAUCUUGAGAUUCAAUGUUUAGAUUCCUUUCGCUUAAUAAAAAAUGGUAUAAUUUCUAUUGUUUGUUUAUUGUUUUAUCCUAUUAGAUUUGGUAUAUUUGGGUAUAUUUUUUUUAACAAUAACUGGAAAAUAUUUUUAUUUGUGAGUAAAGUCAUCGAAUUAUUAAUUUUCACUGCGAUUUUCGAAUUUUUGAGAAUUAAAUUAUUAAUUAUUCCAGAGCAAAAGUCAAUUUUAAUAAAUAUUAGUAAUUACUUUGAUAAUUUAAAAACAUUAUUAUUAUUAAGAAAUCAUCGAGAAAAUUACUUAAAUUCAUCAAAGACUAUUAAUUUUAAAAAGAAAUUAUUAAACUACAUACUUGCAAUAUUUCAAAGCAUAUAUAUUAUAUACUUUGUUUUUGGAAUACUGCAAUGCCUCAAUGAAAAUUCACAUAAAUUUGAAUUCUCCCAAAUAUAUGUUUUCAAUUAUUGGUUCGCAAUUUAUCUAAUUUAUUCCGUAAAGUACAUUAAUUCCUGUAUCCUUUUAGUUAUAAAUUGCAAUCAUGUUGUUACUCUCCUUCGAACAACGAAAAAUGUGAAAUUAUAUCAUGAUUAUUCAUCGCAAAACAUAGUUUACUCUAACAAUAUAAAUUCUGAAAUACCCAAUAAAAACCAAGACUCAGAACUUUUAAAUGAAAUCAAAGAUUCCAGUAACAAGUUUGAAAUGCAAAAAAAUGGUUUCAUUCCCCACGAUAGGCAUUUAUUAGUCAACAAUAUUCACGAUAACCAUCUAAACAAAUAUCUUACAAAUUACUCAACUUCAGAAAUAGUUGCUGAUAUAGAUUAUGUUAAAUUAAAUGGGUAUAAUUCUGAUGAAAAAAAUAAUACGGUUUCAGACAAAGAUAAAUCAAACUCCCAAAGUUCAAAUGAUACUUUAUUUAAUCCAGUAAUUAUCUCUUACAAAAACCUGUAUUUGUCACUUCCUCACGAAAACAAAUAUGAGAAACAAAUUCAAAAUUCUAGCAACCUAUUUAAAUAUUUGUCAAAUUUAUGUUUGAAAAAAACUAAGAAACAAAACAAUUUUUGCUCGAAUUACGAUGAUAACGAUCUGGAUUUGAUUAAUAAUGAAUUAAUGGAAAGUAAAUUUUAUCUAAACGACAUUAAUUUAUCCAUAAAAAUUAAGGAAAUCAUUAUUAUAUUUGGAUCUAGUAAUAAAGAUAAAGAAUUAUUGACAAAGUAUAUUUCUGGAUUUCCUGGUAUAAAUAGUAAUGAACAAUUUGAAUACUAUUCAACAGAUCUUUUCAAAUUUGAUGUUCAUUUAAUUAAUAAAAAUAUGCUUGAGUUCGUUUCGAAUUUUUAUGAAUUCCAAAAAUCAGAAUUUACAAUAGAUCCAUUUGAUUUUAUAUUAUCUGGAAACUCAUUUAAUAAAAAAAUUUUUGAAUUGGUAUAUAAUUCAUUAUUAUCUGAAUAUUUCGACAAGAGUGAAUUUAUGUAUGAAAAUAAUGAAACAAAUAGAGACUAUAUUUAUCCAAAAGUUGAGGGUAUCCAACAAUUUGUCGAAGCAAAAAUAUUUUUGCAACUCUCUCAAUUUUUUUAUAAUAUUUUAAUUUCACUUGAUGAUUAUUCAUCAGCAAUAGUUAUUAUAGAUGGUAUUUUUGAAUUAUUACUUCCAAGAACUUACAUUAAAUUCAUGGAAAAAAUAUCGCCCAAUAAUUCUGUGUUCUCAGAGUUCAAUAUUUCCUUCAUUAUUACUACAAACAAUGAUUCAUUCUCAUAUUUAUCUUAUUUAUAUAACGAUAACUCAUUCGUUAAGUUGGCUAUAGUCAAUGGAAAAGGAUUAAAUUUUAUUAACAAUGAUAAAUUGAAUAGUUUGGAACUUAAAGAAAGAUCUUUCGGAAACUUACCGUCUAUAGAUAAUACAAUAAAUGAAGUUUUUAAUACUAACUUUAACAAUAAUAGUCUUUAUUCUUGUUCCAAAAACAUAUAUUCUAUCAGUGGAUUAUAUUUCAAACAAUUUGAAUCUGACAACUUUUAUUCGAACAAACUAUUACUCUUUGUCUUCUUUAUUGGAUUAAUUUCAUUCAUGAUAAAAAUUAUAAUGUUUUCGAAUCAGUACUUAAUAAAGAGUCAAGGCAUUUUUAACCAUAUUUAUGAUUUUUUUGUGUUUGAGAUUUUAUCUUUUUGCCCUCUAUCUUCAUCAGUUGGUACUUCAACUUAUUCAAAUAGUUUAUCAAGCAUAUUUAUAGGAUACGUCACAAUUUCAUCAUUUUUUCUUAACAUUCAUAAUACUACUCUGUUUUCAGAAAUAAAUUCUCUAAAAAAUGACCAAGGAACUUCCGCUUAUGGGAAAGUUUUUAGUUCUGAAGAGCUUCUCAAAUUUUCAAGAGUUAAACCAGAAAAAAAUUACAAAUCUUUAUAUUUUGUUAAAUUUAAAGGAAAGCAAAUGCUUAAGACAACUUCAUCAUUCUACAGGGAUCAUUUUUUUGGCUCAGAAAUAAUAAAUAUACCUGGUAUCAGUUCUACUGGAUUUAAAAAUGCUUUGAUUUCGACAAAAUUAAUUCAAAAUAUAUUGGCUCAGAAAUUAAAAAAGGAAUCUAAUAGUAAAUUUUUACCAAAAUAUAAACAAUUUUUUAUGGGACAAAAAAAUAAAUUAAAAUUUAACAAAAAUAUAAUAUUAAUAAUAAUAGUGUUCUCUAUAAUAAACAUUAUUUCAAAGAUUUUUAUUUAUAUAUCAAUUUUUGGUUUCUCAUUUAUUAAUACUAAUUCAAUGUACAAUUAUAAUUGUUUUAAUGAAUUUUUGAGAAUUAUUUCAUAUUCAAAUGAUCCUAUUUCAGUUAUUAAUGAUAUUGAGUUGAGGAAAAAUAGAUAUUUUUUGUACUUAUUUAAAGAAAUAUAUAUUAAAAGAAGUAAAAUUACAAUGUAUUAUUUUACUUUAAUCCAUUUUCUUAAUUUAUUAUUUUUUUUUGGAAUUUCAAAUGAUAUUUAUUCUACAAAUGGCAUUGAAAUUUUAAUGAACAAAAAUUUACUUUUUAUUACCAUAUUCUUUCCUAUACUAUAUUAUAUUAUUAAAUGCUUAAGCUUUAAUAGAAAAAAAAUUAAACUUCCGAUUAUUAAAUGCAAUUCAUUCGACUAUUUUUAUUAUUUAAAUAAAAGCAAUUCUUUUUCAUGGUUCAAACAUCAAACAUCUAAAUUAUUAAGGAUCAAGGCAGAGAGUUCAAAGGAAUUUUUGGGUUUUAAAUUGAAUUUUCUACUGAUUUCGUUAAUAUUAUCAACUGCAACUUCAUACUUGUAUUUUUUGUUCAAUUAUAAAAAAAAAGAAAAUAAUCAACAACUGAUAAUGGAUUCGAUACUUUUUUUACCAAUAAUAUUUUUUUUAAUUCAGUCUGUGCAUUUUCAUGUCAUUAAAACAUCAAAAACCAAUGUUUCUCAUAGUUUGAAUUUUUAUGGUUAUCUAAGGCAUUUAAAAACAUCUAUAUACAAAGCUUAUUACUUCCCGACCUAUAUGAAGAUAUCAGGUAAUUCAACAUCUCCAAAAACUAAUAAAAGUUUUUCGCCGGAUAAUAAAGAGAGGAUUCAAAAUGAAGAUGGGUAUGAGCUUUCAACCCCAAUAUCAAGAGCUUCUCGGAAAACUGACCCAAUACUUUCUGUUAAUUCUCUGCCUGUUAAGUUGAACUCUAAUAUAAUGUUCAGCCUAAUUAAUCCUCUUUUAUUUCUGGAUAAUUCUUUAACAUUUGAAUUAGGAAAUUCUCUUCUUUUGCCAAUUAAGGAACUGAAAACAGUUAACAUUAAUAAUUUGGAUAGAAUUGCAAUAGUUUCCAACCAUAAUCUUAUUCCAUCAUUUUGGAGAAUUGAUAUGGUUUUAGAUCCAAAAAGUAUAUAUAUUAACGAUAAUAAACAACUUAUAUAUACUUUGGAAUUGUUAAAUAUAUUUCCUAAAAAUUAUAAAAAUAUUCGUCCAGAAGUAAUUUUAAGUCUGUCGAUACAGGAAUAUUUGGAAUUAAUUAAUUUUCAAGUUGACGACAAUAUUUUCACAAAUGAGAUAAAGACUACUAAUAUUGAGUAUGGUAUUGGAAUGUCAAAAUCGAGUAAAUUAAAAGAACAAAAAAAUUUAAAAAAAAAUUCACUACUUAAUGUAAUUUACAUUAAAAAAUUACUACUUUUUGGCCACUUUACACUUUAUUCUAUGUACUAUAAAGAGCUAAUUUUACAUUUAGAUUAUGAGAUGGAUCUAAAUUUUUGGAUUUCUUUGGUUAAGCAAUUUUUUGACAACAAAACGUCUUCGAUCAAGAAUAUUGUUAUUAUUUCAUCAGAUACAAGUUUAUUUAAAGUUGAUAAUGCUUAG